GGAAGCGGGUGAGAGGGUGAGAAAGGGGAAGGGGAGGUGAGGAGGCAAGUCGAUGUCCAGAGCCUCGAGCCGAGUCUUGCCCGCAGGCCAGCAGCACUGCCCGGCUGGACAAGAUGACAGAGAAGCCCAAGAGGGCCGGCAAGAAGUUCAAGUUCUUCAAGUUCAAGGGCUUUGGGAGCCUCUCCAAUCUCCCCCGGUCCUUCACUCUGAGGCGGUCCUUGGCUCACAUCUCUAGCCGACCGAGUCUAAAGCCUGAAAUCUUUGAGGCCACGCAGGAUGACAUGGUGACGGUCCCCAAGAGUCCCCCGGCGUAUGCCCGUUCCAGCGACAUGUACAGCCACAUGGGCACCAUGCCUCGGCCCAGCGUCAAGAAGUCUAAGAACCGACAGGCUGCCCCGGAGACCCAAGAGGUGGGCCCUGAGCCCCACCUGGUGCCCCGAGGCCCGCCUGACCCCCCAGGCAUGGAGGCAGCCAAAGAGAAGGUGGUGGAGACCGAAGCCCCCCUGGAGGACACAGAGGGGAAACCCAACCCGUCAGCCGAGGAGGCGAGCCCUACGAAGGAGCCUGAGGACCCCAGGGUAGACAUAGAAGAGGAGACAGUCCCCAGGAAUGUGCCCCCAGAAAGGGCUGCUGGAGAGCCGGAGGCUGGCGGGGACUACGUGAAGUUUUCCAAGGAGAAGUAUAUCCUGGACUCAUCGCCUGAGAAACUUCACAAGGAGUUGGAGGAAGAACUCAAACUCAGCAGUACAGAUCUCCGCAGCCACGCCUGGUACCAUGGCCGCAUCCCCCGAGAGGUGUCCGAGACCCUGGUGCAGCGCAAUGGCGACUUUCUCAUCCGGGACUCGCUCACCAGCCUGGGCGACUACGUGCUCACCUGCCGUUGGCGCAACCAGGCCUUGCACUUCAAGAUCAACAAGGUGGUGGUGAAGGCGGGCGAGAGCUACACCCACAUCCAGUACCUGUUCGAGCAGGAAAGCUUCGACCAUGUGCCCGCCCUGGUGCGGUACCACGUGGGCAGCCGCAAGGCUGUGUCGGAGCAGAGCGGCGCCAUCAUCUACUGCCCCGUCAACCGCACCUUCCCGCUGCGCUACCUGGAGGCCUGCUAUGGGCUGGGCCAGGGCGGGGGCAAGGCUGCCGGGCCCGCCAGCCCCGCGGGCCCCAAGGGCAGCCACAUGAAGCGGCGCAGCGUCACCAUGACCGAUGGGCUCACCGCCGACAAGGUCACCCGCAGCGAUGGCUGCCCCACCAGCACAGCGCUGCCCCACCCCCGGGAAUCCAUCCGCAACUGUGCGCUCAGCAUGGACCAGAUCCCAGACCUGCACUCGCCUAUGUCCCCCAUCUCUGAGAGCCCCAGCUCCCCCGCCUACAGUACCGUGACCCGUGUUCAUGCCGCCCCCGCAGCCCCCUCAGCCACAGUGCUGCCCGCCUCCCCGGUCACCCGCCGCUCCAGCGAACCCCAGCUGUGUCCCGGAAGUGCCCCAAAGCCCCCUGGGGAGUUGGACAAGGGCCCUUACGCCAGCCCCUCCCACACCCUCUGCAAGGCCUCCCCCUCACCAUCGCUCAGCAGCUACAGCGACCCGGACUCUGGCCAUUACUGCCAGCUCCAGCCUCCUGUCCGCGGCAGCCGUGAGUGGGCAGCAGCUGAGGCCUCCAGCCGGCAGGGCAAGAGCUACGGAGAGAGGCUAAAGGAACUGUCAGAAAAUGGGGCCCCCGACGGGGACUGGGGCAGGGCCUUCACAGUCCCCAUCAUAGAAGCCACCUCUUCCUUCAACCCAGCCACCUUCCAGUCACUACUGAUCCCCAAGGAUAACCGGCCCCUGGAGGUGGGCCUCCUGCGCAGGGUCAAGGAGCUGCUGACAGAGGUGGACGCCCGGACGUUGGCUCAGCAUGUCACCAAGGUUGACUGCCUGGUUGCUAGGAUACUGGGCGUUACCAAGGAGAUGCAGACCCUAAUGGGAGUCCGCUGGGGCAUGGAGCUGCUCACCCUCCCCCAUGGCCGGCAGCUACGUCUAGACCUGCUGGAAAGGUUCCACACCAUGUCCAUCAUGCUGGCUGUGGACAUCCUGGGCUGCACCGGCUCUGCUGAGGAGCGAGCAGCGCUUCUGCACAAGACCAUCCAGCUGGCCGCCGAGCUUCGGGGGACCAUGGGCAACAUGUUCAGCUUCGCUGCGGUCAUGGGCGCCCUGGAUAUGGCCCAGAUUGCCCGGCUGGAGCAGACAUGGAUGACUCUGCGACAGCGACACACGGAGGGUGCCAUCCUCUACGAGAAGAAGCUCAAGCCGUUUCUCAAGAGCCUCAAUGAGGGCAAAGAAGGCCUGCCGCUGAGCAACACCACAUUUCCUCAUGUCCUGCCGCUCAUCACUCUGCUGGAGUGUGACACGGCCCCGGCCGAGGGUCCGGAGCCCUGGGGCAGCACGGAGCACGGGGUGGAGGUGGUGCUGGCCCACCUGGAGGCUGCCCGCACGGUGGCACACCACGGAGGCCUGUACCACACCAACGCCGAGGUCAAGCUGCAGGGGUUUCAGGCCCAGCCCGAGCUCCUGGAGGUGUUCAGCACCGAGUUCCAAAUGCGCCUCCUCUGGGGCAGUCAGGGCGCCGGCAGCAGCCAGGCCCGGCGCUAUGAGAAGUUUGACAAGGUUCUCACCGCCCUGUCCCACAAACUGGAGCCUGCCGUCCGCUCCAGCGAGCUGUGACCCCCGUGGACCCUUCCCCUCUGCAGCUGCGGGCAGCAUCCGGGACAGAGGGGCACAGACCUUUCUCCAGAGCACCCCAGGGACACUGUGACCAGCCCAAGAAUGUACCGGACUCCACGCCAAGAUCUCCCUUGCGCCCCCGGGGUCCUGCGUGGAUUCUGGGCUCCGUCCCACCUGCUACAUGCUCACCACGUCUCCCUUCAGGAAGAACCAGGAUCCCUGUUCCUCCCUCCAGCUCUGCCUCUCCCCGUCCUGCUCAGGUGCCCUGUGUUUGAGCCAUGGGAGGCUCCUCACGCCUCUUUCCUCUCCUCCAGGCAUCUGCUCCCCACCGACACCAAGGCCUCCAUCUGGCUGUAAAUAAGUCUCCGUUCUGUAAAUAGAUGUACAGAAGCCAUGCUCUUUCUUUCAUAUAAUAAACUUUUAUGUCUCUUU